CUCUCUCUCUCUCUCUCUCUCUCUUUUUUUUUUCUUCUUUCUUCAUAAGGUUCCCCAAAAAGUCUCAGUUUUGGGUUUAUUGGUUUGCAGCCCUGCAACAUGGCGACUGUUAUUCACAAUCCACUAAAAGCGCUCGGAGAUCAGUUCUAUAAGGACGCUAUCGAGCACUGUCGCAGCUACAACGCUCGCCUGUGCGCCGAGCGCACCGUCCGAAUGCCUUUCCUGGACUCUCAGACGGGCGUGGCUCAGAACAACUGCUACAUCUGGAUGGAGAAGCGACACAGGGGGCCAGGUCUGGCCUCUGGUCAGAUGUAUACCUAUCCCGCCCGCUGUUGGAGAAAGAAGAGGCGACUGCAUCCGCCAAUCGACCCUCAACUCAGACUGUGCGAACUCAGGCUUGAAGCUGAGUUGACGCAGAAGAGAGAAACUUCCUCGGCCGAGGCCACGGCUCUGGAGGGGCUGAUCAGAGGAGACGUUCUUCUGGAUAAAAAGAGCAGCAGCUCAAAAGAGGAAGAAACACUGCUAGAGAUUCAGAGGGUGCUGGAGGCUGAGGAAAAUGGAGACUGUUUCCAUGACGACGAAGAGUUUGAAGUGGAGACUCCGAAGAGGAAACAGAAGGGCAAAGGCAGGGGUCGAGGUUCGAGCCGUAAGAAGACUGAGGCAAUGACGGGCGACGAUCAGGACAAACCCUACGCGUGUGACAGCAAAUGCAAACAAAAGCAUAACUCAAAAAGUGCUGACUCGGUUUGCGGUAAGCGUUAUAAGAACCGGCCUGGUCUGAGCUACCACUACACCCACACACACCUGGCUGAGGAGGAAGGCGUGGAGGAGCGAGAACCCGAGGUCCCUCAGUCACCACCGGAUAAAAAGACUCAAAACCACAAGUUGCAGAAGGGUUUGGACGGCGCGGUUAUUGCUAAUGACUACUGCGACUUCUGUCUGGGAGACUCUGGCUCUAACAGGAAGACGGGCCAAGCCGAGGAGCUGGUGUCGUGUUCAGACUGCGGACGCUCCGGUCAUCCGACUUGCCUUCAGUUCACAGAGAACAUGAUGCAGGCGGUGAGGACGUACCAGUGGCAGUGUAUCGAGUGUAAAUCCUGCAGCCUGUGUGGCACCUCGGAGAAUGACGAUCAGCUCCUGUUUUGUGAUGAUUGUGACAGAGGAUAUCACAUGUACUGUCUCAAACCUCCCAUGACUCAGCCGCCUGAAGGGAGCUGGAGCUGCCAUCUUUGUUUGGACCUUCUGAAGGACAAGGCAUCUGCUUUUGGAGAACCAUGAACACCAUAAAUCCUUCCACGAGAGCAGAAAUCUCCGUCUCAUCUCCAUCGCACAACGUCACACCCGGUCCACUCUGAAAGCUACCUCACGACCUCAGACUAUCAUCCUGAAAAUGCGAAGUCCAAACACAUCUGUUUAGAAUGAGGUUAAAAGUAAAAUAUCCGGUCUUUAUUCAUUAUACAACUUUUUUUUUUAAUAAUCUCUUGGGAUAAACUUUGAUUUCGCCCAUACAGAUCUCCAAGUCCUUCAAUCUACAGAGAAAUGCAGAAUAUAACAGAUGAGAUUUGGAUAUUUUGGACCCGAAAAACUUUUCCGAAGUUUCCUCUCUGUUUAAUGUGUAGAUUUUCACCUUGAUUUCUUCCCUCGUCACAUCAUAUAUUAGCUUCUCUAUUCUUGUCAUCGUCUCUCCUUCUUCCUCUUCCUCGGUUCUCUAUAAUGCAUUAGCGGCUCUAUUUUCAGAGCCAAUUAAUCAAGAGCGAUCUGCUGAAUAUUUUAUCUUUUCCUAGCAAGAAGUGUCGAAUAGACAAAGCUGUUUCCGGUCUCUAAAAUGAUCUGUGCGUCUUUUUUCGACAUCCCAUUCCACAUUUAGUCUCCAUUUGCUCUGAUAAUGUUCUCCACUCUAGAUUUUGUGUAGAUUUAUUCAGUCACAAGGGUGUUAGUAAAGUCAGGUGGUGAUGUAGGUGAGGAGGCCUGGGGUGCUGCCAGUGUUUACUUUCAUCCCAAAGGUGUUCAAUAGCUCUAAAGCACGAGAUCCUACACAUCUUCCACGGGUUGAAAAGCAGAUCUUCAUGGAGCUGACUUUGUGCACAGGUGCAUUGUCAUGCUGGAACAGGUUUUGGGUCUCCUAGUUGAAGUGAAGGGGAAUUUCAUGCUCCUAAGACAUGAAAUUCCAAAAACAUAUCGCUGGGUGUCCUAAUACUUUUGGCCAGAUAUGUAUAUUUAAAUACAAGCAACAUGACGAGUAUUUUAGUCACAUUCUGUUGUUGUUUGUCUUUUUUUUACCCCCCUUGUUUUUUACUUUUUGCAGCGUAAUAAAUGAAACGAAAUGAAAA